AUGUCCGCCAAAAGCGUCAAAGGUGAAGGCGGCAAGAAGCCGGCCAGCGCCGCCACCAACCUGAUCGCCGGCGGCGGCGCAGGCAUGAUGGAAGCUUUGGUGUGCCACCCCCUCGACACGAUCAAAGUGCGAAUGCAACUGUCCAGACGAGGGAGGACCCCAGGGACGAAGAAACGGGGGUUUUUAAUGACCGGGAGGGACAUCGUCAAGCGGGAAACGGUCUUUGGUCUAUAUAAGGGUUUAGGCGCCGUUCUCACGGGUAUCGUCCCUAAGAUGGCCAUCCGGUUCACCUCGUACGAGUGGUACAAGCAGCUACUGGCCGAUUCAGACGGCAAAGUGAGCUCGCGCGCGACAUUCCUAGCUGGAUUGGCGGCCGGGGUCACGGAAGCAGUCGCGGUGGUGACGCCCAUGGAGGUGGUCAAGAUCCGCAUGCAGGCCCAAUACCACAGUCUCUCCGACCCGCUCGAUGUUCCCAAAUACCGAAGCGCGCCUCACGCCCUCAUGACCGUCAUCCGCGAAGAAGGCAUCGGCGCCCUCUACCGCGGCGUCUCCCUCACUGCGCUGCGCCAAGGCACGAACCAAGCCGUCAACUUCACCGUCUACACUGAAUUGAAAGAGAUGUUGCAAAGGUGGCAGCCAGAAUACGACAACAAGAACCUGCCCGGCUAUCAGACCACCGUCAUCGGGCUGAUAUCUGGCGCCAUGGGUCCCUUCUCCAACGCUCCGAUCGACACGAUCAAGACCCGACUGCAAAAGACCCCGGCGGAGCCCGGGCAGACGGCCCUAUCACGAAUCAUGAAGAUAUCCAACGACAUGUUCAAGCAGGAAGGCCCCAAGGCGUUCUACAAGGGCAUCACGCCCCGAGUGAUGCGUGUGGCCCCGGGACAAGCGGUGACAUUUACCGUCUACGAAUACUUGAAGGGCGCUCUCGAACGAAGUAAUCUCUUGUUUGUGGGAGGCAAGUACGAGGAAUGA